GGGCGGAUUUCGGCGGAAAUCAACAGCUUUGUGCAUCGGUUACAGUCAGUACAGCAGCGUUGUGGUUGGCGUGUUGUUGCACGUCUUAUUAUUUUUUUCCUUUUUUUCCCGCAGCGCACAACGUUCAGGUGCUGCGCGGUCAGAGAGCGCGCGAGUGGGAGUGCAGCUACGUCAUCCGGUCAAGUGUGUUAUUGGUUGUACAGUUUGGGAAAAUCGGACCGUGCGUGGCUGGGGGGACACUGAACGGAGGAGAGGCCAGGGCUCGUUAUCCUUCCGAUCUUUUCGCGAGGAAAAAAAAACUAACCCGGGGUUCAGAAAGCCAGCUAGGUGUUGCCCGAAGAACAAGCGGGACGUGACAAAGGCUGCCGCAGUUGUUGUUUUGAACUUUGCUUUUAAAAAAUUCGGUUUCCGUCCUCGGUCUACCUGAUGGAGUCCCACAGAGAGACGUCGUUCCGCCGAGAAGAGAUCAACAGUACCGUGUGGGAAGUGCCAAGGAAGUAUAUAUGCCUGAAACAAAUUGGGACGGGGGCGUACGGUACCGUGUGCUCGUCCAUCAAUGAGAAGACCAAGGAGAAGGUGGCCAUUAAGAAGCUGCACCGGCCCUUCCAGUCCGAGAUAUUUGCCAAGAGGGCCUAUCGGGAGCUGCGUCUGCUCAAGCACAUGAAACACGAGAACGUGAUUGGGCUGCUGGAUGUGUUCACCCCUGCCUCCAGCAUGGAAGACUUCCAGGACUUUUACUUGGUGAUGCCCUACAUGUACACGGACCUCUCGAAGGUGCGGGGCCUGCUGUCGGAGGACCGCAUUCAGUUCCUCGUCUAUCAGAUGCUCUGUGGGCUGAAGUAUAUCCACAGUGCGGGCAUCAUUCACAGGGACCUGAAACCCGGCAACCUGGCGGUGAAUCAGGACUGCGAGCUGAAGAUCCUGGACUUCGGGCUGGCGCGGCAGGCGGACGCGGAGAUGACGGGCUACGUGGUCACCCGCUGGUACCGGGCACCAGAGGUCAUUCUAAACUGGAUGCACUACACCCAGACUGUGGACGUUUGGUCAGUUGGCUGCAUCAUGGGAGAGAUGAUGAACGGGAAGACUCUCUUCAAAGGGAAAGACUACAUGGAUCAGCUGACACAGAUAAUGAAGGUGACGGGGGUGCCAGGACCAGAAUUCGUUCAUAAACUGGACAGCCAGGAGGCGCGGACCUACGUGCGCUCUCUCCCUCACUACCCCCGGAAAGACUUCUCCACGCUCUUCCCCAGAGCUAGCGUCCAGGCGGUGGACCUGCUGGAGAAGAUGCUGGUCCUGGACGGGGAGGCCCGCCUCACGGCGGAGGCGGCCCUGGCGCACCCGUACUUCGACGGCCUGCGGGACCCCGAGGACAUCCCGGAGGCGCAGCCGUACGACGACAGCCGAGACAACGCCACGCUGUCCAUCACGGAGUGGCAGAGGUUAUCCUUUAAAGAAGUGAAGAGCUUUGUCCCGUUUCCACGGCGAGACUCCAAGAGGCGGAACACGUUGACCAUGUCGUGAAGAUAUUGCAAAAGUGACUAUGAAAAAAAUCACUACGCAAAUAUACUGACACAAAUCCUCACUCCAAUGCUGAAAGCAAUACAGCGGUACAAAACCUACCAACAAACAGUACAUGCUGCCCCCCUAUACACACAUGCACACACACAUAAACACACGCAUGCACGCACGCACGCACGCACACACAU